AACUCCCAUCCCAAAUCCCUCUUUUCUGGUGCUCGAUCCCUGAUUCUAAUCUAGGGUUAGGGUUGUCUCCUCCCCCGCCCUUAUCCACUCCCUCUCUUUCCCUAUCCCUCCCUACUCUCUAGGGUUAGGGUUUCCGCUCCUAGAGCUUGUCUCCUUCUUUACCCUCCUAUUAUCUUACCCAAGGCUAGGGCUAGGGUUGUUUGUUCUCUUCUCUUUCCUAGGGUUCGUGUCUCAUCUCGUCUCCCUUCUUUCCCCUUCUUCCAAGAUGAUGCAACCCGCCGGAGGAAUGGUGCAGCCGCCGAUGGUCCCGCCCCCGAUGGCCCAGCAGCACCAGAUGCCGCCGCAGCAGCAGGCGGCGCCGCCGCCGCAGCAGCAGUGGGCGAUGAUGCCGCCGCCGCAGUACCCCCAGGCCCAACCGCAGCCCAUGUGGAACCAGCAGCCCUCCCAGAUCCCUCCGCCGGUGCAGCCGCCGCCGCAGCUCCAGCCCCCGCCCCAGUACCCGGUCCCGACCCCCGUCCCGGCCGUUGCGCCUUCCCCAGUGACAGUCGCGGCGCCCCAGCCAGCCUCCGGUGACGAGAUCCGCACUCUCUGGAUGGGCGACCUGCAGUACUGGAUGGACGAGAGCUACGUCCACGGCUGCUUCGCUCACACUGGAGAGGUUGUUUCAGUUAAACUCAUCCGCGACAAGCUGACUGGGCAAUUGCAAGGUUAUGGUUUUAUCGAGUUUGCAAACCGUGCUUCUGCAGAACGAGUUCUUCAGACAUAUAAUGGACAAAUGAUGCCUAAUGUAGAGCAAGUUUUCCGAUUGAACUGGGCUAGUGCUGGAGAGAAACGUGAUGAUACUCCUGAUUAUACAAUAUUUGUUGGGGAUUUAGCUGCAGAUGUUACAGACUAUAUAUUACAAGAGACAUUCAGGAGUCACUAUUCCUCUGUCAAAGGGGCAAAAGUUGUAACAGACAGAAUUACUGGACGGUCAAAGGGCUAUGGUUUUGUGAGGUUUGGGGAUGUAAAUGAACAAACACGUGCCAUGGCUGAAAUGAAUGGGAUGUUCUGUUCGACAAGGCCUAUGCGGAUUGGUCCUGCCACGUCCAAGAAAACUAUGGGAGUUCAACCAAAAGCUUCUUUUCAAUCUGCUACUGGAACUCAGUCCGAGAAUGAUCCAAAUAAUACAACCAUUUUUGUUGGUGGGCUGGAUUCAAAUGUUACUGAAGAAGUUUUGCGGCAGGUUUUUAGCCCAUAUGGCGAGUUGGUCCAUGUAAAGAUACCUGUUGGCAAGCAUUGUGGGUUCGUCCAAUUUGCUAACAGGCCAUGUGCAGAGGAGGCCCUGCUAAUGCUGCAGGGAACUCAGUUGGGGGGGCAAAAUAUACGGCUCUCAUGGGGUCGAAGUCCUACUAACAAACAGCCACAACCGGACCCCAACCAAUGGAAUGGUAGCUAUUAUGGCUAUGGACAAGGCUAUGAAGCGUACAAUUAUGCCCAACCACCCCAAGAUCCUAACAUGUAUGCUUAUGGAGCCUAUCCAGGGUACGGGAACUAUCAGCAACAGCAGUGAACUUUCAGAGACAUGAAGCUGAGUUCCGAUCUGGAUGUUAGCGAUGGUAGCAAUUGGAUAAGUUUUUCUUCGACCCGGAUGGUUGGUAUUUGCAAUUUAUGAGGUUUCUCAUAUACAAAUGCGACCGAUUCGGUUCUUUUGUUUCAUCUUUCAACUUUGUAAUGCUGGCUGAAUCUUUGGGAUCUUUUGUUAGUGGAACGACUAUGCAUUCGGCGUUGUGAUGACUGCUUUGUUGAAGUUUAGAUGGGAAUAUAUGCUUUGCUGUGUAUGACUAUUUCUUAUUUUGAACUAUGAUAUAGAAUCUGUGUGAUCUUUGAUGCUUA